CCCUGCGGUUUCCGGCGCUCGCCUGCGCCUGGAGUGCGGCGGAGCGGGGCAAAGUUUUCAUUUCUGUGGUUCACGGCGACGUUUCUCUCCCCCAGGCGCGGGCGGGGGUUGCGUGAGCCCGUUCCGCCCGGCGCGGACCCUCCUGUAUCCUCGCCGUCCCUGCUGGAGCAGCGACGAGGGGCUCUCGGCGAUGACUUCGUGGGGCGUGGAGGCGGCGGCACGGCAGGUGGCGGAGCUGGAGGAGGAGCUGCGGGGUCUGGCGGAGGAGCUGAGCAGCUGCCAGGCUGAAAAAGAAUUUGUGUGGUCUCUGUGGAAACACCUGCAAGCGUCAAGUCCAGAUCUUAUACAAGCUGUCGGCUUGGUUGUGGAAAGAGAAAAACAGAAAGCUGAAAUCAAGGACAGAAGAGUUUUAGAGCUUUUAGAAACCAAAGACAGCAAAAUAGAAACACUAGAACAGAAACAAAAGGAGAAGGUGGAAGGAGAGGAGAAGUUAAAGAGUGUGAGACUCACAGGACAGCACCAGGAGAUAAACAACUUAAUGCAAAGAAAAAAUGCUGUGGAGGAGGAAAAUGCCUGUCUGAAGAAUGAAUUCAGUACCUUGAACCAGAAAUUUAAAGAUAAAAGCCAAGAACUUAAGGACACUGAGGAGUGUGCACAGAAGAAAGAAGAGCAAAACAGACUGGUUAUAAAAAACCUGGAGGAGGAAAAUAAGGGAUUAAAUACAUGCUGUGCUGACCUACUAAGUGACCUGGAGAAACUGAGGAAGCAGGAGGCACAAUGGAAAAUGGAAAAAUCUGGCAGUGAUGCCAUAAUAAAGAAUUUGAAAACUGAUUUAGCAGAGGCAAGAGAACAAAUAAAAGAGUUACGCAGUAUAUGCGGUAACUUGUCAUCUCAGGUAGCUGUGAAACAGGAAGAACUCUUCCAAAAGAAUUGUGAUGUGAUCAAAGCUAAGAAGGAGUUACAGGAGCUGCAGAAUCUUUGUGGACAAAACACUGAAUAUACAGCACAGCAGACUGAGCUGAUAAAGCAGGUUCAGGCUCUCAAUGCUAAUACACAAAAAGUAAUGAAAGACCAAGAAGAUGCUCACACAGCUGAAAUAACAUUAUAUCAAAAACUUUAUAACGAGUUGAGUUUAUGUUUUGAAACUGUUAAAACAAGUGAAACUCAGCUGCAGCAAAGCUGUGCCUCUCUUCAGGAUCACUUACUUGAAAAAGAUAAAACAAUUUGUCUGUUGCAAGUGCAACUUCAGGAAGCACAUAAUGCUUCUAAUGCAAUACAUCAGAAUUCUUCUCCAAAAUAUCAGGUACAGGAACCACCUGUGAAACGUUCAAGGUCUCUGUCCCCAAAGAGCUCUUUUAGAGAGUCAGAGGAGCUAAGGAAGCUUAAAAUAGCUGAAAGGAAGAUUGAAAACUUAGAGAAGACGCUACAGCUAAAGACUCGAGAAACUGAUGAGCUAAGAGCAGCCUAUGAAAAACACAAAGAAAGGCUGCAGAUGUUACAGACCAACUACAGAGCACUAAAAGAACAAUUAAAGCAGUGGGAAGAGGGUGAUACCAGGCAUGAAAAUAGUAAAAGCGGAUACCAGCAUGCAGACUCCUGUCAGCUUUGUCAAGAGGAUCCUGACGUGGUGUGGAACGAACUGGCUUUUUUCAAAAGGGAACACAAAAAGCUGUUCAUUGAAAAACUGAAUCUUGAAGAAGAAUUGGAUCAAAUGAAAAUACACCAAUCUGUGGGGCCACUUUUUAAACUUAGUGAAGAUGAUGGGGUCAAAAAUAAUACUCCAGUGAGGAAUAUGAGAGAAGUUUCACAUCAGAUGUUACAGAAGAUGCAACAACUAGAAAGAAGAUUCAAUGCUGUUGAAGGGGAAUUAAGGAAACAGAAAGAAGUAAAUAAAGACUUAUUGAAUCAGAAAAUUUAUUUGAAAGAAUCUUUAAAAGUACAAAAGGAAGAUGCAGACACAAGAGAAAGAGAGCUGGAAAUGCUACUUAAGAGGAUUUGUGAAAUAAAAAAAGAAAAAUCAGAACUUCAGUUAGUGAUUGAUGAGAAGGAAAAAGAAGUUGCCUCUUUGAAGAGGCAAGUGGCAGAAGCUAACAGGUUGAGAAGUGAAAGUGAAGAUUUGCUGAGUCAAGUGCAAGAGCCAAAAUGCUUGCCGGAUAAAGCCAAAGCAGUGACAACCUCCGGGCAAUGUAAUUGUAAGAUAACAGGCACCAAGGUUAAAUUAAAAACAGCCAAGGAAAAGAGCUCUUUGGGACAUCAUGGAGCUUUUCUCAAACAGUCCAUCAAGGUUAUGAGUAAUGUAUUUGAGAAGCUCAGUAAGGACGGCUGGGAGGAUGUGAAUGGAAGCAGUGACUCUGAGAUACCAAAUUCUGAAAGUUUGGAAACGGUGAUUAUGAAGACAGUGCAAAACAUUGAUCCACUGCCAGACAGAAGUAAACAAGAAAAAAAGUCCUGCAACACUGUUCAUUUAAAAGGCAAAACCGAGCAAUAUAAUAAAAAGUGCCAUUCACAGAAUAAAGACCUAGAAAAGUUGUGUUCCAAGAGGAGGAAGAUCUGCUGUCUUGUAACAUCUCAUCCAUCGAUUCUAAGCAAAGUGAACAGAGCAAAAAGGAGAAAUAUCACUGUCCAGAAACCAGGCUACUCUGUUACUCUACUGCAGGAAAGAAUUAAGUCAUUGCAGAAGCAGAUAGCUGUUUUACAGAAUGAAAAAAAGACUGCAGUGGCUUCUGUGAAGGAGAUGAAAGAAACCAAGGAAAAACUAACAAAUCAGCUACAUUUGGCUAAUCAGAGACUUCAAACUAGUAAACUGACCAUAGAGAUGUUGACCUCCAACCUGGCCAAGUGGCAACAGGAGAAGGAAGAUUUACAAGGAAAAUUAAAGUUGAGAGAACACCUGUCUCAAACUGCUGGCAAGAGUAAAGCCACACCAGCUCCUUCAAAGAACAUUGAUUUAGAGAUGAAACAGCUGCAGUGCAAACUAAAGAGUUCGAAUAAUGAAAUCACUAAGCAAUCGACCACCAUUAAGUCCCUAAAAAACGAAGUCCAGGAAAAAGAAGAACGGAUUCGGGAACUACAAGCGAAAAUUUCUCGAUUGGAGAGGGACUUUACUACGAAAAGACAUUUGAUAGAAGACCUAAAGUCUCAUCUGAAAGCAAGUCAAGAAAAUGAGAAAACCUCAAAUGAAACAUUGGAAAGUCUUGAGAGAAAGGUAAAGGCACUGGCUGAAGACUGUUCAGGCAAAAAAACUUCCAUUCACUCACUGAAACAAAGACUUGAUGUAGCUACGAAAGAGAAGUCUCAGUAUGAGCAGAUGUAUCACAAGGCUAAAGAUGAGUUGGAGAAAAAGGAUCUCAAGCUUACCAAACUAGAGAGCAAAAUGAUUGAGACUGAAUGUGCUAUGACUAAACUUGAGACUGCUGCAUCUGAUCAACUACAUAGUUUGGCUAAACAGAGUGCAGAGGCUUUGGAAACAAUACAGAAGAAGUUGCUGCUCACCAGUGACAAAGUAGAAGAAUUCAAGACAUUUGUAAAGACUCUCAGCAGAGAGUUACAGCACAGCAUACAAGAGCUGAGAACAAAAAUCAAAAAGGCAAAAAAAGUGGGCAAGAUGAAAGCAUGUAAAAACUGUCCUUCCCAAGAGUCUGUUCAGUUGGCAGCAUCUAUCCUUAAUGUUUCAACAACUGAUCUUGAGGAGAUACUAGAUGUAGAAGACGAGGAGGAAACAGCAAAGACAAAAAUGGAAUUUGAAAAAGAUAAAGAAUGGCUGCAGUGUAUACAGAGACUUAUGGAAGCACAGGUCUCUACUCACUGCCUGUCCUCUGAUCACACCCACAUAUUGACCCGUGCACAAGCAGCUGCACACACUCACCACUGCAACUCAUCACCAGUUUCCUUUUGCCUCACACUUAAUGGACGUCGUACUGGAAAAAUUAAAUGAGAAGAAGAAACUGGUAGAAGAGUACAGUUCUCUCAUGAAGCACGCUCUAUGAUAUUGCUAAGACCUAUCUUUGCAAAGUGUGUCUUUCCUCUUCACAUAAAGAACUGUCAAUAUGCGUGUUCAAUACAUACAUAGAAACUAUAAACUAAUUAAUUGUUGAACAAGAAGAAUUAAUUAAAUUCCUAUUAGGAAGCAGUGUGGUGUUUGAUUCCUGAAGACAGAAAUUGCUUCAAAUCAAUGCAAAGUUCAAAAUUAUUUUUCUUCAAAUGCAUUGGCAGUGAACACUAGUGCAGGCUUUGUAGAGAGAAAAUGUCUUUGUUAUGACUAAUAUACAUCUGUACAAUUUUGAAAGCACAAAAUGCACCUAAGUAACACCUGGUUGUACUAAUCAGAACAGUAGAAGUAGGAUUUACAGAGUGUCUUGGUGUAAAUGCUAAUUCACGUAGAAAAUACAUCUCAAAAGGAGGGAACUUCUCAACCUACUACUUUUUUCUCAAAACUUACACAUCUUGCUUUACUGGCCCUGCAAAUUGCUGUGUCUCCUGGGCAACUGGGUAUGGCGAGAAGUCUUUUCUUGACCCAAGAGUAAACAAGAGCAGUGAACGGUGCAGAACCCAAUUAUCUAUUUCAUCUGAAGAUAGAGAGCAAAACAAAAUCCUUAAACCCACUGAAGCCAGAUUUAUUCACAGAUGUUCCUGAAAUUAUAACACUGCUAGUCUUUCUGAAAACUUUGCUGGAAAGGUUGCCAAAUAUCUUUCAAGAUCUUUCUUAAUCUUUUAAAGAAGGUGUGCUGUGGUUGAAGAGCCGUGUUGCCAGGUGAAGGAGCUACAGGAGGAAGUGAACGGGCUUUGUAGUAUUGGAGCAAAUGAGCAAGAGAGAGACUGAUUACAUUCAGAGAUGCUACAGCCUCAAGAUUCUCAGGAUUCUCAAACCUCCACUGUAGUGGAGAAGCAGGUGGACUUGGAAGCCUACAAUGUAAGUAGUUAAGGGACUGUUGGUCAAGAGUUUGUUAAAGAUGAAGGAUGGAAGAUGAUCACUGCACAUACCAGGAGAAAGGUUCCUCCUCCUCAGAAUCUGACAAGUGGGACUGGUGCCUUCUAGAAGAGGUAUGACGCUCCAGCAUACCUGGAGGCCUAGAAGGCCAGACAGCUGAUGAGGUGGGCAAAGGUCCUUCUGGGAUAGAGGGGCCUCCUGAAAACACCACCUGUAUCCUGCAUCAAGACCUUCUCUGUCAAGAGGAAAAGAAGGAUAGUUAUUAUAGGAGACUCCGUACUAAGGAGAACGGAAGGCCUGAUAUGCAGACCAGACCCAACUCACAGGGAAAUCUGCUGUCUCUCAGAGGCUUGGGUAAGGGACAUUACUAGAAAACUCUCUAGGCCAGUAAGGCCCUGUGAUUACUGUCAGCUAUUGGUUGUUCAAACCGGCAGUGACGAGAUAACAAAGGGCAAUCAAAAGAGACUUCAGGGCCCUGGGAUGACUGGUAGAGGGAUCAGGAGCACAGGCAGUGAUUUCCUAGAUCCUUCCAAUAACAAGGAAUAAUAUUGAUAGGAAUAGGCAGAUCCAUCAGGUCAACAAGUGGCUCUGAGGUUGGUGUGAUUGGAAAAAUUUUUGGUUUGUUGCCCAUAGGAUGACCUACUCAACACCUGGUCUACUGACACCUGACAGGAUGCACCUAUCUCAGAGAGGAAACAGAGUUCUAGCACAGGAGCCAGCGAGGUUUGUUGACAGAGCUUUAAACUAAAUUGGGAAGGGGAAAGGGACAAAACCGGCCUUGCCAGAGAUGAGCGAUGGGAUGCUGCGCCAAAACUCGAGUAAAUCAGCACUCAUAGGAUCCCUCAAUCUGCCUCAGGAGGUGUUGGCUACAAUGUACCAUGCCUGAAAUAUUUCUACACUAACACACACAGCAUAACAAACAAACAAGAGGAGCUUGAAGCUUUGGCCCAGUCCCAGGGAUUUGACAUUACUGGCAUAAGUGAACCCUGAUGGGAUGAGACCUGUGACUGGAGCUGGAUUGUCCUGUUAGAUGGAUUUCAAGCUCUUUAGGAGGGAUAGGCAGGGCAGAAGAGGUGGAAGAGUGGCAGCGUAUGUAUGGAGCUCACAGUUGGGAAUGGCACAGUUGAGAGCCUCUGGGUAAGAAUCAAGGGGAAAGAAAAUAACGUGGAUGUAACUGUUGGAGUCUGCUAUAGACCUCCCAGCCAGGACAAUGACACCAAAAAAUUAUUCUUUGAGGAACUAAGGGACACUUCCAAGUCAAAUGCCCUUGUCUUUAUGGGGUACUUCAACUUGCCAGAAAUUAAUUGGGAGCCUCACAAAGCUGGGACAACCUAGGCCAAAAGAUUCCUAAAAAAACUGAUUGACAACUUUAUGGAACUGGUCCUACGGUCCUUUCUGACAGGUCCUUGCCAACUAGGAAAGAUGCUGUCCUUGUCAAGAGAGUGGAUAUUGUGAGUGGAGAUUGGUGGCUGUCUUGGCCACAGUGACCAUGAAGUGAUCAAGUUUAAAAACUCCGUUGACAGAGGAAAAGUGCCAGUAAAACCUCAACUCUGGACAUGAGGAGAGCAGACUCCAGGCAGGUGCUGGGGUCCGUCAGUGCUGGUCACUUUUUAACCAUCACCUCCUAAGGGCACAGGAGCAACAAUUCCCAAAUGUCAGAAGUCAAGCAGGUGAGGCAGAAGGCUGGCUUGGCUAAACAGGAAUUUUCUCUUGGAAAUAAGGCAAGAAUGCAAGGUGUAUGCCCAGUGGAAGCAAGGUCAAGUCACAUGGGAAGAAUUCAGAGAUGCUGCUUGCUGCUAUAGGGAGAAAAUCCCUGCAGCCAAAGCCCAACUGGAGCUGCAACUGGCCAGAAAUGUGGGGGACAAUAAAAAUUGUUUUUUCAAAUAUGUUAAUGUCAAUAGGCAGAAUAGAAAUAUCAUUGGCCUGUUACAGGAUGAGGAUGGUCAUCUCGCAAACAGGGACAGACAAAAGGCAGAGAUGUUUAAUGCUUUCUUUGCCUCUGUCUUCAACACUGAUGAUGGACCAAGGGGAUCUCAGUGCCCUGAGCUGGAGGACCGUGACUGCGAGAAUGAUCUCCCAGUCAACCCUGAAAUUCUGCGGGAUCUGCAGCUCCAGCUGGAUCCCUAGAAAUCUAUGGGACCUGGUGGAAUUCAUCACAGAAUCCUCAAAGAGCUGGCUGAUGUCAUCACAAAACCUCUCUCAAUGAUUUUUGAGCAGCCUUGGGAAUCCUGAGAGGUCCCAGCUGGCUGGAAGCUGGUGAGUGUUGUCCCAGUUUUCAAGAAAGACAAAAAAAGGAGGACCUUGGAAACCACAGGCCUGUC